GUCAGAUGUGCUGCAGCAUUUAUCUCAAAGUAGCGUGGGAGACUUCACUGUGGCUCCAACAUGGGGACAUGGAAGCAACGACCACGGCGAUUUGUCGAACCUCCUUUGGUGACCCAUAUAGAAUGCCUGGGUUUCAGCCAGAACAUUGCCAAGGAGCGGAAAGUUGCGAAGAUUGAGAGUGCUGCCAUGACAGAAAGACUUGGGCAAGACGCGAUGACGCGUCCCAACAGGUAUUUUCACUACUUCAAAAAAGACCCAGGAGCAAACGUCUCCAACGAACUGCGCUUCACGUUCGAUGCUGUCAAGGAUGACUCAACGUACGAUCCCUGUACUCCGCGUGAUACCUGCCAUCCUAUGCAUACAGCUUCCGCCCGAAAAGCAUGCAAGGUGUCUUUGGAGACUCGCUCCCAGUUGCGCAGUUCACAGGCUUAUGGGUGGCUCCCUCCUAUUGACGAGCCCUCCUAUGGUUAUGGCAGGAGUGCAAUCUUCCUGGACAGCUCCAUGGACAAGUCGCACCUUCAAACUGGAGGUCCUUGGACAGCACGCUAAGCGUAUCUAUCCAUUUAUGCCACAAAUAUCCACAAAUAACAUCAUACAGGACCAAAGAAAGAUUACAAGAAACAUAUUCAAUAAAUAAACAUACAUAUUGAGAAAA